UAAAAAAUAGAGUAAAAUAAAUGUAAUAGUAGCAACAAUAAUAAAGAAAAAUAAUCAAUGUAAUAAUACCAAUAAUAAUAGAGAAAAAUAAUAAAUGUACCAUAUAUUCUCGAGUAUAAGCUGACCCAAAUAUAAGCCAACCAGGACCCUCACCCGAGUAUAAGCCGAGGGGGGCUUUUUCAGUCUUAAAAAAAGGGCUGAAAAACUAAGCUUAUACUCGAGUCUAUACAGUAUUUCCUUGUUCCAGUGUUUGUAGUGGAGCACCUUCCUCAGGUGUUUCUUCAGGGCCUCAAUGACAAACUUGAUCUCACCUGUUACUUGUAACAUGUAUUAGAGUUCCACUAGUAUUAUCAGUACUUGCUCACAGUAGAAUUCCCUAAAGCAGGGCCAGUGAUUUUCUACCAAAAUCUUCUGAAACGCACAGGAAGGAAGACCAGAAGGGACCCGCAACACAGGAAGAGACAAGUCUGUUCAAGAUCCCCGAGAGCAUGUGUUCUCAAAAGCCAUAGGUCAUCAUGUUCUAGGAAACAGAUUUGGGAGAAAAGGAACAAGCUAUUUUCAAGCACCGCAGGGGACAGAUCCAAAUGUGAGACCCACUUAAGAGAGAACUUGGAGGAAUCUGCCAAAACGUGGGCUUAAGGAGAAGAGGCGAUGCUGCAGAAGCGCAUGGAGACCCUUCCGUCCUGGUGUGGCCUGAGCACGGAGUUCGUCCCUUCGGGGAGACUGACCGACCUCCUCCUGGUGGAAGGCCUGACCGACCUCCAGCAGAAGCAGCACGACUUUGUCCAGAUCGAAACCACGAAAGGUGUGAGGAACGCCUCCAGGAAGAUCUCCUUGGAGAAGCUCUUCUUGCCUCUCUCCAAGCUCAGCAUCCCGCCGCGGGUCUCGGUGACCGUCGGGGUGUCCGGCAUCGGCAAGAGCACGCUGGUCGGGCUCUUUGUCCACGCGUGGGGGAAAGGCGAGCUGGGCAAGGACUUUGUCUUCGUGUUGCCGCUCACCUUCCGGGAACUGAACGCGCACGACAGGCUCUCCGCCGAGCGACUGAUCCGCUUGGCGUCUCCCCGCUUAGCGGACCGGAGCCUUCUCUCUUCCGUGGACUCUUCCCAGACUCUUCUGAUUCUGGAUGGCUUGGAUGAAUUUAAAACCCGCUUAGAUUUUUCCAACGCCGCCGUCUGCACGGACCUUUGCAAGGAGGUCCAGGUGGAAAACCUCAUCACCAACAUCAUCCGAGGAAACCUGUUGCAGGAAGUUUCGGUUUGGAUCACGUCCCGGCCGACGGCGGCUAGCCAGAUCCCAGGCGGCUUGGUGGACAGGAUGACCGAAAUCCAAGGUUUCGGAGACGCAGACAUCAAGGACUAUUUAGACGAUAUGUUCAUCGAGGACCCAAACUUAUCAGAGUCCGUGAUGCAGCAUCUCAAGGGGAACAGGCCUUUGUAUAUCAUGUGUACGGUGCCAGCGUUUUGCAAGAUUUGCGGAUCCUCCGUCGGAUAUUUCCUAAAGAGUGCCAAGGGCUCUCCCGAAAUUUCGGCGGUCCCGAAAACUUUGACAGAAAUCUACUCGCACUUCUUUAAAAUGGCACUGUGCAGCGAAGGGACGGGGAAGCAAAACGAAGUUCUCAGGAUAGAGCAGGUGGAGCAAAAUUGCAAGAAAACGAUGAGUUGUUUGGGCCGGUUGGCUUUCUACGGCCUGAUCAAGAAGAAGUUCGUCUUUUAUGAGCAGGACAUCAAGGCCUACGGCGUGGACCUCUCGUCUCUUCACAUCGGCUUGAGCAACAGGCUCUUGAUGAAGGAAGAGGCUCCACUUUCCACCCUUUACUAUUUCCCUCACUUGACGUUCCAGGAAUUUCUAGCAGCUGCUUAUUAUUAUACGGCUUCCAAACGGGCCCUUUUUGACCUCUUUGUCGAGAGCGGGAUGUCGUGGCCCAAACUGGGCUUCCUCAACCACUUCAGAAACGCUGUUCAGAAGUCCCUGCAGUCCGAGGACGGGCACUUGGACGUCUUUGUGCGCUUCCUCGCCGGACUCCUCUCUCCGCAGGCGAACAAAGCCCUGUCGGGUUGGUUCUUGGCGAGGGACGAACACCACAGUUACCGGAGCCACGCUGUCGGCCUCCUCCAAAACUUCCUAGGUUUGGAACAAGCCGUUUCCUGCCGGACGGUGAACCUCAUGCGGUGCUUCCACGAGAUCCAGAACACCGAGCUCGCCGGCGUCAUCGAGGAAGCGAUGAAGAACGAGAACCUGUCCGGGAUGCUGACGCCGGUCAAUUGCUCUGCCUUGGCUUAUGUCCUGCAGACCUCAGAGGUGUGCGCGGAAGAAGCGAACCUCUCCAGUUGCCUCACCUACCCUGCCUUCCAAAGCCUUCUCUCCCAGCUGCUCUAUUGCAACAAUCUCAGGCUGGACUACAACCAGUUUAAAGACAACGCCAUGGACCUGCUGGGCAGCAUCUUGAGUGGGAAGGACUGUCAGAUCCAGAAGAUCAGCUUGGCAGAAAAUCAGAUUGGUAACAAAGGGGCCAAAGCUCUUGCCAGAUCUUUGAUGGUCAACCGGAGCCUGGUGGCACUUGACCUUCGGAGUAACUCCAUCGGACCCAAAGGAGCCAAGGCAAUCGCCGAUGCACUGAAAAUCAACCAGAGUUUGCUUUCCUUAAACCUCGAGAACAAUACGAUGAAGGAGGACGGGGCCAAAUCCCUGGCGGAAGCGCUGGUCAACAACCAUACGCUGAUGACGCUGCAACUUCAGAAGAACUCAAUUGGACCUCAAGGCUCCAAGAAAAUAGCAGAAGCCCUCAAGAAAAACUGGAGCCUUAAAGAGCUCCUAUUGUCCAGUAACUGCGUUGGAGACGUGGGUGCCGUGGCCCUAGGAGAAGGGCUGAAGAUCAACCACAGCCUUUUAACCUUGGAUUUGCAGAGCAAUUCUAUCAGCGACGCAGGAGCAACUGCUCUCACGCGAGCCCUUUGCUCCAACCAAGGUCUCACUAGACUCAGCCUGAGGGAGAACUCCAUCAGCCCCGAAGGAGCCCGGGAGAUUGGCAAUGCCCUUCAAGCCAACCGUUGCCUGGGAAAUCUGGACUUGGCUGCCAACCUGCUGCACGAUGAAGGCGUCCAGGCCAUUGCCUUGGCGCUGAAAGCGAACCAGACACUUGCUUCCCUCCAUUUACAAUGGAACUUCAUUCAGUCCAAUGCAGCGAAGACUCUGAGCCAAGCACUACAAUUCAACAACAGCCUUGAAGUCUUGGAUUUACAAGAAAAUGCCAUCGGGGACGAAGGAAUAGUUGCCUUGGCCUUGGCGCUCCGGGUGAACUCGACACUCACUGCUCUCUACCUCCAGGCGACGCUCAUUGGGGAACGUGGGGCCGUUGCCCUGGGAGAAGCCUUGAGUGUUAACAAGAGCCUUGCUGUGCUAGACUUAAGAGGAAAUGCUAUCGGUUUGGCUGGAGCCAAAGCCAUGGCCGGCGCCCUGAAAGUCAACGGCACCCUCCGCAGACUGAAUCUCCAGGAGAACUUGCUGGGCAUGGACGGGGCCAUCUGCAUCGCCACCGCUCUGACCAGGAGCCACAGCCUGACUUACAUUAAUUUGCAGGGCAAUCGGAUUGGGGAGUCUGGCGCCAAGGUGAUCACCGAUGCCAUUUGCACCAACGCGCCUGGCUGCAGAGUGGAGAUGUGAGCGAGGGUCUGCCGGACCUUGGGUCCAUGUGUGUGUGCCAUCCCCAAACAUUUCCCUGAAGAAGCGGUGGAAAAAAGGACCUUCACUGGCCAAGCGGACGCUGCUUGGUGCAAAGGAGACUCCAAAGCCGUGAUGCAGCCUCACCGGAAGGCAGCUGCUGAAGUCUUUCUCAUGGUUUACCUAGUCUUUCUCAUUCUGGUCACUGGCGCCAAGAGUUGCUUGGUGGAGAGAAUCCUAGAAUCCUACAGCUGGAAGAGACCUUGUCCAACACCAUUGUGCCAAGAAGCAGGAAAAUCGCAUUCUGAUAGACAUCCAGCCUCUGUUUAAAACCCUCCAAAGAAGGAGCCUCCAUCACAGUCCGGGGCAGAGAGUUCCACUGCUGAACAGCUCUCUCUCACAGUGAGGAAGUUCUUCCUGAUGUUCCGGUGGAAUCUCCUUUCCUGUAGUAUUUGUGUCCUAGUCUCCAGGACAGCAGAAAACAAGUUUGCUCCUCCCUCCGACUUCCACUCACAUCUUGAUCCAUGGCCUUCAUCCUGUCUCCUCUCAGCCUUCUCUUCUGCAGGCUAAACAUGUCCAGCUCUUUCAGCCACUCCUCAUAGGGCUUGUUCUCCAGACCCUUGAUCCUUUGAGUCUCCCUCCUCUGGACACAUUCCAGAUUGUCAACAUCUCCCUUCAAUUGAGGUGCCCAGAAUUGGACACGGUGUGAUUCCAAGUGUGGUCUAACCAAGGCAGAAUAGAGGAGGAGCAUGGCUUCCCUGGUAUGCAGGCCAAAAUCCCAAUGGCUUUUUGAGCUGCUGCAUGACGUCGUUGGCUCAUAUUCACCUUCCUCCCCACGAGGACUCCAAGAUCUUUUUCACACAAACUGCUAUCGACCCAGGUAUCCCCCAUUCUGUAUCUUUGCAUUUCAUUUUUUCUGCCUAAGUGGAGUCUCUUGCAUGUAUCCCUGCUGAACCCCUUUUGUUCGUUUUAGCCCAUCUCUCUAAUCUGUAAUCACCAGAAGUAUGAGGGUUGAAUGAAAAGUAAUGCCUCCACCUUUGCAACUCCUCAGCAGAUGGCAGUCCUGGUCUGCGGCAGGUCCUGGCUUGUUCAGGAGACUCUCCUCUACAGUUCCAUUUGGCGGAAAGCCUUAGCAUUGAACGGUUGUGUUGUUGAAGUGCGAAGUAUAGAACCCUGCGCAGACAGGGAAGCCUCAGCAUUGAAUGGUUGUGUUGUUGAAGUGCGAAGUAUGGAACCCUGUGCAGACAGGGAAGUCUUAGCAUUGAACGGUUGUGUUGUUAAAGUGUGAAGUAUGGAACCCUGCGCAGACGGGGAAGCCUUAGCAUUGAACGGUUGUGUUGUUAAAGUUCAAAGUAUGGAACCCUGCGCAGACAGGGAAGUCUUAGCAUUGAACGGUUGUGUUGUUAAAGUGCGAAGCAUGGAACCCUGCGCAGACAGGGAAGCCUUAGCAUUGAACGGUUGUGUUGUUAAAGUUCAAAGUAUGGAACCCUGCGCAGACAGGGAAGUCUUAGCAUUUAACGGUUGUGUUGUUAAAGUUCAAAGUAUGGAACGCUGAGCAGACGGUCGGUCAAUGUGACUUAGGCAACGUGCAGUCAUUGAAUUCUUGACUGCAGAAGGUGUCGCCCCAAAGGAGAUUCAUGGGAGAAUGCAAGCUGUUUAUGGUGACUGUUUUGAUGUGAGUCCUGUGUGUCAUUGGACGAGUAUGUUUAAAGAUGUUGAGGUGGGAACAUCUGACUUGCAUGACAAACAAAGAGUUGGAUAUCCUGUGACAGCAACCACUGAGUUUCACAAGCAAAAGGUUGAUAGGUUAAUUCAGGAAGAUCGAGAGAGAAAUUUCAAGCAUAAUCGGCAUUUCACAAGAACGUGUGGGUCACGUUAUUGCCUUGCUUGGCUAUUGGAAGAUCUGUGCACGAUGGGUACCCAGGAUGCUGAUGCCUGAAAUGAAUGCACACAGACCUGAAAUUUGCCAGGAACUCGUCUCACGUUACGAGAAUGAAGCUGAUGCCUUUCUCCUUUGGGGUGACACCUUCUGCUGUCAAGAAUUCAGUGACUGCACGUUAAGUCACAUUGACUAACCGUCUGCGCAGGGUUCCAUACUUGGCCCUUUAACAACACAACCGUUCAAUGCUAAGCCUUUCCGUCAAAUGGAACUGUAGAGGAGAGUCUCCUGAACAAGCCAGGACCUGCCGCAGACCAGGACUGCCAUCUGCUGAGGAGUUACAAAAGUGGAGGCAUUACUUUUCAUUCAACCCUCGUAGCUUACAAUACUGCAGCUGCUGUGGCAUGCCUCCUUUAGUAAGGUCCAAAAGACUGUCUCUUGAGGUGUAAUCCUUAGUUACUGCCAUCCCCAAUAACUGGACGAUGGAAAAAAAAUAGGGAGGAAAGGAGAAUGAUGAUGGGGAUAAAACCACAUUUAUUUGUGAAAAACAGAAAUGUCACAGUCAAAGAAAACAUUCAGAGUACUGUCUGAAGAAUCCUUAAUACAGAUCUCAACCUUUGCUGGUAUUAGACUGGAUUGUUGCUGUUUACCAUCCGAAAAAAGAAGUUAGGGAGGGAGUGUUUGGCGCAUAAGGCUAGUGAGCACGAAGAGAUGCAGCCAGGCCUGGAAUCACACCAUUUGCAUUUCUCCUUGUAAACAAAUUUGCUUUAAAUCUGUGCGACAGGUAACUCAGGCCUGAGGGCAACGGCCCUGAAAUGUUCCUAUUUUACCAUGAAAACAUUUCCGAAAUGUAAAAUGCUCUCUCAAUCCCAUUCCCUUCAUCCUGAAAUAAACGGCAAGUUAGCUCCUCAUGGAUUUACAAAAGCAUAUCCUGAUGCAAAAAACACAGUAAAAGGGACUUGCCACGGUCUUUGAAGAGUGUUAUGAUCCUUGGGGCACAGUUGGCUCAUCUGUUUAAAAACUUAAUUUAGGAAAGCAGAUUAAAUUUGGUUGUAACAAUAAAGGGGAAGUAUAUGAAAUAUGGA